AUUAGUGUGUUUUGCUUUCAAUCCUUCCCUGACGAGGGAGAAGAGCCACCAGCAGCUGCUACCAGCGCCUCCUCAAAACUCAGAGUGGAUACCGGCGUAAAGCAUGCUAUGAAGUGUGGGAGAACCGCGUAAGAAUAGAAGGGAUUAAGGGUUUCGUCAAUCUACUUUUUAGGUCCGCUUUCCACUAUAAAGCAUGGUGUUGUUGAAUUGUGUCAGGCAUUUUCGCUCAUUCGACAAUGGCAACAUGGUUGCAGAAGAUAAUUAGAACCAGAGCCUCUAGUUUUCCCCCAACAACACCAAAACUGCUCCCUUAUCAUUCUUCUUCUUCUUCUAGAUUCUUCUCCAAAUCAACCCAAUACAUUGUGAAGGUUGGAAUACCAGAGUUUCUAACGGGAAUUGGGAAUGGAGUUGAAUCCCAUGUUGCGAAACUUGAAUCUGAAUUAGGUGACUUCCAGAAGCUUCUCGUCACUCGCACCCUCAAACUCAAGAAGCUCGGCAUUCCUUGCAAACAUAGGAAGUUAAUAUUGAAAUAUGCACACAAAUAUAGGCUUGGAUUAUGGAGGCCACGUGCGGAGCCCAUGAAAGCCUAAUUAGUUUCGGAGUAGAAGGGUAUGACCAAAUCUCAUAUACGUUUAGUCACAGUGGCAUGACACUACUCAACUUUGCAUGAAAUGAUGAAAGUCAUUGCCUUAACCAUCUUUUUCGUGAGGUUGUCUCUUCUGGACAAAAUAUAUUUGUUAUUUCUUAUCUUCAGGGUUGUCAUGGCAUUUUCCAUGUUUAAUCACAAGAUGAUGAGACAGCAUGUUGUGCAUGAUUUUCGUAUGAAUGUGAUAACUUCAGAUUUGGGGGGCUUGUGCCUUGUACAAAUGUCAUAACUUCCCCAAUAUUUUAGAUUUCAAUUUCACAAUAAGCAAUGAUACUAACUACUAAACAUGUUCCACCUUUUUUUUUUUAACUUGAAGGGAAGGUAAUCUACAAAAUAUAUUGUCGUACAUACACGACGAUUAUUUUAUUUA